CCUAGUCAAUGCAGCCACUUCGAUUCCAUUAAACGACGGUCCAUCAUUUCUAAGUUCUACCUCAGGAGCCAGGAGGGUUCUGGCAGUGAAUUCAAAAACAUAUCAGGCUCCCUCCAAAUCGCCAAACACAUAUUUCCAUCUACACCCUUCAUAAUCCCCCGUAUUUUCAUACUCUCCUUCAUUUGGAUAAUUUCCCUCGUUCUUGCACAAAUUCAAUUUUUCUGAAGAGAGAAACACAAGAUUAGGGUUUCUAGAAAGAGAAAAGGAAAGAAAAAUUCUAGGGUUUUAGGUCAUGGAGGGUAUUCUGGUUCUUGAUUCAGAAAACAUCAACGUCGCAGGGGUUUAAUCGAUGUUAGAAUUGCGAAAUCUGCCGCUGAUUAGGGUUUUUAGGGUUGAAAAGUUGAAGGAAGUGUGCGUCUCGGUUUGAUUUCUGAGAAAAACUGUAACAAAAUAAAGGGAGAGAAACUGGGAGAAGGGUCCAUGGUUGGAAUUGCGCCAAGGAGAACGCUUGCUGACAUUAGCAAUUUUCCUGUAUCAAGGAAAACGCUCGCUGAAGUUAGCAGUGUGUCGCAGCGAAACCAAGAUGGGAAAUCACAAUCUGUUCUAGUCGGUAAAGAUUACAUUGAGAAGCUCCAACGGGAAAUCAUGGCAUUGACAAAGAUUGUCGUGGAUAGGAAUAAAAUUAUCGAGUUGAGUGCUAUUGAGUUGCAGAAGCUGAGAAUCAGAUUUCAGCAGUUACAGCAACAGAAUCAGCACCUUGCACAAACAAACAGCCAGAUGUUGGCGGAACUAAAUGCAGGCAAAGAUAAGCUUAAGGUAUUUCAACAUGAGCUGGGAUGUAAGAAUGGCUUGCUUGAUGCCAUAAAUUUGGAGCUGAAGGAGAAAGCAAAGAAAGUUAGAUGCCGGAUUAAGAGAAAUGAGGUUGAAACCAUCAAAGGUGAUGGGGCUGCACAACUCUCUCAACCAGAGGAGGAGAAUAAACCAUGUAACCCAAAAAGGAAACGCCAAUCAAAUGUUCAAUCUUUGGAAACUCGUCCUGUUCAACCACAAACUAAAGAGAAUGCUGACAAGAAGAGUAUUUCUCAUGACAGUGUUUGUUUGAGAAGGCAAUCUGCUAGGUUUAAGUCUGGAGAAGAAGAGCCUACUGAAAACAACGUUGAUACAAAGAGUUCUCCUGACAGCUUUUGUUUGGGAAGGCACUCUGCUAGGUUCAAGUCUGAAGAACAACUCAAUGAAAAGAACGAUGACAAAAGGAGCAGGAUCUGUAGAAGAAAGCAAUCCAUUAGGAUUAAGUCUGAGGCACAAAUAGAAGAACCAACUGAAGAUUUGUUUCAGACUGAUGAUGCUAAAUUUCAUGUUCCUGCAAUAUAUGGUGAUCCAGUUCAUGAAAGCUGUCCAACAUUAUCAGCUCCAUCUGUAAAAAUCGAAUCUGAAACAGGGAACAGUGCUCUCAGAUUUGAAACUCAAGAACCACGAAGGACAUCCCUUCGGCCACCACGUCGAGCAGCUGAGAAAGUCCAGUCCUACAAGGAAAUUCCACUCAAUGUGAAAAUGCGAAGAAGUGAGUGAGUUGAAAAUCUCUCAUCUAAUCUAUCUGUACCAUCUAAUCUAUGUGGACGCAAAUUUUCUACAUCCUGCCCCUUUUUGGGUCCUCUGUAUGUUGUGGUCUGGAAGAAAUCUCUUUCAGAUUCUCGCUGACCCUGUAAUUUUCUAGCUACUUUACUUUCUUCAUAAUGAUUCCCUGUUGAUGAUUAGGAAGUGCACAAAAUCAAUCUAGGUUUAGUUCAAGUAUUUGAGUUGUAGUUGAACAUAAGCAACACGCUUGUGUGCAAUUUUACAUUUCUUUCCCUUUAGGAAAAAGAGAUCAUAUCGAACUUGCUUCUAAA